AUGUUAGCAACAACAGCACCAAACUCGUUAGUCAUGAAUCCAACAUCUAUGUUAGUAGAAAUGAAAAGCUUCAUUCCUUCUUCAUAUACUUUCGAAACAGAAAUCCAGAAGAUAAAGCAAGAACUUCUCCAAGGAGAUUUAGAUUGCACUGCAAAAGAUGAAACAAAUGAAGAAUAUCUUUAUGAAAUGCAGGAUAUUAUUGACCAUCUACCUAAACUUCCUGAAAUACAACAACAAAAGCUUACUAUUCCAGAAUUCGAUGAAAUAGAAGUCAAAGCAACUGACUCAGUAGAAAUAAAGAAGUUCAUACGUAAGGUUAACUAUGAGUUUCUUGGAUUUCAUUGCAACCAUAAGGUUAUGGACAAAGAUUGCGACAUGGUAUAUAAGAACAUCUCUGACCUUUACAAAUCCGAAGAAUUUAAGACCUACGACAACUUUGUUUCGUUAGUUGCAAAAUGUGUUUGGGAAAUAAGAGAUAAAGAUAGUAGGGGUAAGGUAUGGAACGAACAAAUAAAACCCGCAACUUUUGAGUUAAAGAGAGCAAUUGACGCCUUAGUCAUACUAGCAGGUAAGAUUUCAAUGUACAAUGCUAAAAUGAACCCACAAUGUUCAAAAUGUAAAGCAGCAAUGAGGAAAUAUAACUACUCCGUCAAAGAGAUAGAACGUAUGCGAAACGACUAUGCUGACUUAAAGAAAGAAGUAGAGAAACCAGCAGAAGAUAAAAUGGACAU